AUGACUUAUACUUCGUCCAAGAGCCUGCAGUACCUUGCGGUGCCCAUCUACACAAUUUUCAAAAACCUGACAAUCAUUCUCAUCGCCUAUGGUGAGGUACUCUUCUUCGGCGGGUGUGUCACGUCCAUGGAGUUGUCGUCGUUCAUCAUGAUGGUGCUGUCAUCCGUGGUGGCCACCUGGGGAGACCAGCGAGCCAUUGCAACCAAGAUAUCGCCUUUGGGCGACCUGGACCAGGAUCUUGUCGAGUCGACGAUAUUCUUGUUGAAUCCAGGGUACCUCUGGAUGUUCACCAACUGUAUCUCUUCAGCGCUGUUCGUUUUAAUCAUGCGGAAGAGGAUUCGCCUGACGAACUUCAAAGACUACGACACCAUGUUUUACAACAACGUCCUGGCGUUGCCCUUGCUGCUAGUGUUUUCCGUAAUCAUGGAGGACUGGUCUGCGAACAAUUUGUCUGUGAACCUAUCCCCUGACUCGCUGACAGCAAUGAUUAUCAGCGGGUUGAUGUCCGUGGGGAUAUCAUACUGUUCUGGUUGGUGUGUUCGUGUUACUUCCUCCACUACAUAUUCCAUGGUUGGGGCUCUGAACAAACUACCGAUAGCUUUGGUCGGGUUGGCGUUCUUUGACGCACCAAAGAACUUUCUGUCCUUUUUUUCUAUUUUUCUGGGAUUUAUGUCUGGUGUCUUAUAUGCUGUCGCUAAGCAGAAAAAGGCACAGCAGCAAAAAGUUCUGGCAGCCACUCUUGAGAAAUAA